AUGCAGCUGGAGGGACUCUCCACAAGAAAUGCAGCCAGUGCGGUCUCCCAGCCUGCUUCUAGUACUGCAGCAGCGCCAGCAGCAGCAGCAGCAGCUGCUGCUGCUGCUGCAGCAUGCAGCGCUGCUCUGACACUGUCACAUCAUGCUGCUCCUGCUGAGCCACCCCAGCAGUUGCUGCAGCAAACUGUCUCUCCGACGCAAGUACUCUGCAGCAGCUCUGCCGCAGCAGCACCUGCAGCUGGGGAGCAAGUGGCCUGGGUGCAGGUAGGCGCGACGCAGCAGCAGCAGCAGCAGCAGCAGCAGCAGCAGCCGGCAGUGCAGACUCAUGUGCUGAUACACACCUUUGCUUCUGGUGAAGCAGAUCUUGCUGCUGUGCUGCGGCGAAUCGUGGCCUCCUCUGGUGGUGGAAUAGUUCUGAACACGCUGCAGCAGCAGCCGGCUCAGCAGCAGCAGCAGCAGCAGCAGCAGCAGGCGACCCUGGUGAUUGAUCCUCAAGCAGGAUUGCUUCAGCAGCCAGCAGCUGCCCCACCCUCAGCCCUCGCUGCUGCGCCCGUCACAGUCUAUCCCAGCAUCGUUCCCCAGCAGCAGCAGCAGCAGCAGCCGCAGCAGCAGCCGCAGCAGCAGCAGCCACAGCAUCUACAACAGACGCCAGCAGUUAUGACGCCAUACGUUCCUUUACAGCUUCGGCACAUGCACACAAUUGCUGAUCCCUUUCAGCUGCAGCGGCAGCAGCAGCAGCAGCAGCAGCAAUUGGUAAUGCUGCAUCAGCAAGCACCGGUCCGUAUGCACACAAGUCCUGCAAUUUUGUCAGAUCCCAGCGGAGUCCCGGUGCUGCAGCCAGUGGCUGCGACAACAACAGCAGCAGCAGCAGCAGCAGCUGCUGCUGCUGCUGCUGCUGCUGCAGCUUCUGGUGUCGCGGCUGCCCUACCCACGACUGAGCUGCAAGCCCCUGAGCCCCAGACGCCUACGAAGCAGCAGCUUACGCUGCUGGCGCUGCAGCCUCCUGUGCAUCCGCAGCUGCCAGUGCAGCAGCAGGUGCAGCAGCAGCAAGUUGCUGCCCCAGUGAGGUAUCUCCCUACAGCCACACAGCAGCAAGCAGCCACUUAUGUCCCCUGGCAGCAGCAGCAACAGCAGCAAGAACGUGCGUCGAGGACGCGCAGCGAGUGCCUCUUGUAUCGGCCGACGCUUAGGAACAACAGCGCUGGCCCCGGAACGGCCGCAACAGCAGCAGAAGCAGCAGCAGAGGCAGCAGCAACAGCAGCAGCAGCAGCAGCAGAAGCAGUAAGGCUGCGGCGGCAAUCCUGGCCAUUCUCUGCGGUGGCUGCAGCCCCACACUAUUCUCCGCCGCCUUCUGUGUGGCAGCAGGGCAACGCUGUGCCGGUAGUGGGCGCCCUGCAGCAGCCGCUGCUGCUGCCGCAGCCAGCUGUUGCAGCAGCAUCGCCAGCAGCUACAGCAGCAGACGAAGGGGCUGCUGCUGCUGCUGCCUACACAGAGCCCACCCCAGCAACAACUCAGUCCACCGCAGCUUUUGGGGUUUCUUUGUCUCCCACAGUUUCGCAGCAGCAGCCAGCACGCCGCGCCCAAAGCGCCUCGAGUGUACGUACACUACAAGCUGCUGCUCCUUUUUCAAGUGUGUCUCCGCAGCAGCAGCAACAAAGCCUGCAGCGGUUCUUCUCAUUGCCAUCAACGCCGCUGCUGCAGGGGCCACAGGGCGCUGCAGCAGCAGCUCCCGUGUCUCCUCUUAGUGAGCAUGCUGCUGCAUCGGCUGCCUUUGCUGUGAGUGCCUCACCUCCUUCCGCUGCCGCACCUUUGGCUGCUCCUGCUGCUGCUGCUGCUGCACCUGCUGCUGCUGCACCUGCUGCUCCUGCGUGGCCAGACACACGGCCCCUUGCAGCUGCGCCGUGGGGACAAACAGCGAGACGCACUCUUUCCGAGCCGCCCUCUGCAGCCCAAGCAGCAGCAGCAGCACAAGCAGCAGCAGCAACGGCAGCAGCAAAUUCCGCCUUUGCGGACGGCAGCGGAGCCCUGCCAAGCUUGCCAAGGCGUGCCAGCAGCAGCAGAUAUUUACAACCUUCGGCUGACGCUGCAAGUGCUUGGAGUCCAGCAGCAGCUGCUGCUUUGCCUGCUGUUGCUGCCGCGCCUGCUGCUGCUGAUCCGCAGCAGUUAUGUCCUCGGCGCAACAGCUAUCCCGUCUCCCCGGCUCUUUCAGCAACGCGCCAGCACGCUGCAGCAGCUGCUGAGGGAGCGCUUCGGGCUGCAGCAGCAGCAGCAAGGGCCCGCACUGCUGCUGCUGUUGCUGCAAAGGCAGACAGUCUGGCUGCAGCAUCAGCUCUUAGAAGUCCUGCUGUUUCCUGCUACAGCAAUACCCCACCAAACCGCCGCUUUUCCCCUUCUGCUGCGUCUGCCUCUCCCGCUGCGCCACUGCAGCUGCCACCUUUGCAGCCCUCAUAUAUGUCACCGCAGCAGCAGCUCCAGCAGCAACCGCUGCAGCAGCAGGAGAUGGUACUGCCGCAGCACCAGCAGCUGCAGCAGGUCUCGCCAGCAGCCCCUCUCGGCCUCAGCUUGCAAACACUGGAGCCAACGCUGCCGCAACUGGAGUCAAAUGCUUACGGCGAUCUAGGAUCUUCACAAGGCCUUAGCAGCAGCAUACUGCAGCAGCAGCAGCAGCAGCAGCAGCAGCAGCAGCAGAAUAGCCUUACUUCCCCUGGGCUGCGCGCACUGUCACCGGUUUCUGCUGUGCCUGCAACCCUGCCCUAUACAGAGGCCAGUGCCUCGGGCAGCGGGGUCUUGCUACAGCAGCAACCUCAAUCUCCAGUGCAGCACCUUCCGCAGCCGCAGCUGCAACAGCAGCAGGAACAACAACAGUUGCUGCCGCAGCUGCCGCAGCUGCCGCAGCUGCCGCAGCUGCCGCAACAGUUGCCACCUUUGCAGUCCUUCAGUUCGCUGCAAAGAGAAGAAACGCCUGCGACGUCCUUAAGCAGCCACUUGCCGCAGCCUGCCCUCUACUCUCCUGCGGUGCAGCAGAUCCCCGUUGAGCAGCAGCAGCAGCAGCAGGGCAGCUACUCUGCCAAAUCUGCGCUCAGUGGCGCCUUGCAAUCUCCGAACUUGGCUGGAGCGUCCCCAGUAGGUACAGAGGGGGUGACUUUGCCGCGGCUGCAGCAGCAGCUUCCGCUGCAGCAGCUGCAAGUAGAUGCAGCAGAGCCCUACUCGAGCUCCCAUCAGGGCAGCCUUAUCACAUUUGCGGCAGAGACUCCCCCUGCUCUAGGCCUGACCCAGCAGCAGGAGCAGCAGCAGCAGCAGCAGGAGGAGCAGCAGCAGCUGCAGCGGCGGCAGAGCAGUGGAGUGCCGCUGCGCCUCCCUAGCAUGUCUCCAUCCAGAGCUGCUGCAGAACGCGCAGCGCUUGCUGCUGCCAGGGCAACAGCAGCUGCUCAAAAUGCCACGGCUGCAUGUGCGCGGCUGCAGCUGCUGCAGAAGCAGCAGGCUGUGCCAAAAGGGAUAGCAGCAGCAGCGGAAGCAGCAGCCAUUGCUGCAGAGACAGGCGCAUCUACAGCACAGCUGGCAGCCGAGAGAGCAGCACUUGCAGCAGCAGCAGAAAGCAUCGUAUCUCCUGUGGGAUCAUCGUUGCUGCGCAGCAGCUCUCUUCCAGCGGAACUGACUCCAUCGCGGCUGCAGGUGCAGCAGCAACAGCAGCAGCAGAAGCAGCCGCAAUCCGCGCUCGUAAGGGCCAAUACGGGAGGCAGACCCCUGGCAAGUCCACGGCUAUUGUCCCCGAUUGCACUUCAGCAGCAGUUGCCUCCUCUCUCGCCCCGCAGCACCCGCAGCUCUGAGCCCCUCAGGCAAGGACUCCUCAGCCGAAGUCCAGCACCUCGAGUCCAGCGACCUCAGCAGCAGCUGCAGCAACAGCAGCAGCUGCAGCAGCCGCUACGGCUGCAGCAACAGCAGCAGCUGCAGCAACAGCAGCAGUUGCGGCAGCAGCAGAAGCUGCAGCAACCGCAGCAGCUGCAGCAACAGCAGCAGCUGCAGCAGUUGCAGCAGCAGCAACGGCAGCAAAAGCGUCCAAAUGCGCAGCAGCGAAUGCAGCCGGCGCAGCAAUUGCAGCAGCGGCGCACGCCUGCGCAACUGCGCGAGCAGCAGCUGCUGAGUGAGCAGCGGCAGCUGCGGCAGCAACGCCUUGAGCUGGAAAGAGAGCUUGCUGCAGAGCUGCAGAAGCAGCGCAGCGCCUCAGCCCUGCCUGGGCCUCUUUCCCGCAGCAGUUCGUUGGGGCAGCCGCAGCUUCCUGCUGCACCGCAGCAAGUACAUCUGCCAAGUCCUGCAUUGGCCUACUCCCGGAUGGUCAGCAGCCCCACACCCCGCAGCAGCGGCACUCUCACCCGGUCCAGCAGUCUGCUGCUGCAGCAGAAGCAGCAGCAGCAACGGCAGCUGCAGCAUCAGCAGCCAGGGCGCAGCACUUUGAGUAGCUGGUACUCCUCACCGGUCCACACACCUCUGGAAGGCAUAAGGACUGGCAGCAGGACCCCAGCGUCUAGAGCAGCAACGCCGGCAGCAGUGAGAGCCGCUGCAACCCCAACAUCAGCAAUACUACCAGCAGCAGCAGCAGCAGCAGCAGCGGAAUCGAUCUCACCUGCUGCAGGCAGCUCCAUGCCGCUUUAUGCGCGCAUAUAUUCUCCCGCCAGCAGCCCUUCAAGAAUUGGGGGCCUCAAGACGCCCGCGUAUUCCCCAAUAGAUGCAAUAUCCCCAUUCAACAUAAGGCAGAAUCAGCUGCCGCCGCUCAAGGAGCAGCAGUACCGCAUGCAGCAGCAGCAGCAGUGCCACCGCUACGCCUUCAGCUCCCUGCCCUCCAGCGAGUCACUUUACCCCGGAUUUUCCCUUUCAGCGCCCACGCCGCAGUCCGCGCCUGCUGCUCUCUUCCACAGCAACAGUGGAGGCCUGCAGCGCUUUCCUACCGGCGGGUCCCAGCAGCAGCAGCAGCAGCAGCAAGGCUUCCAGGGACCCGACAUUGUUUGGGAUCGGCCAGGACAAGACCUCCUGUCUCCUCAAACAUCUCACGGGACCCCUACGCUGCCUGCGCAGACUGUAGACACCCCUCGGCCUAGGCGAUGUGCUGAGUCCAAGAUGCACUUCACCGAGAAGCGUCACGCCCCAGCAGCAGCAGCAGCAGCAGCAGCAGCAGCCAGUGCAGUCAUCCGCUUCAGUAAGGGGCGCAUCUCCUGUUGGGACACAAACGAGACUAUCCUCAGCGUACCUGCAAUGCAACAGCGAAAUAAUGCAGCAGCAGCAGCAGCAGCAACGGCACCAGUUGCUGUUAAUCCAGAGGCAGGUGCCGCAUCCGCCCAAGGCGAGGGUCUUGUUGAUGGAGCUGCUACCGCCACUUCCGCCUUGAGGCACGCUGAACGCGCGGCAGCAGCAGCAGCAGACGCAGCACAGAGAGCUGCUGCUGCUGCAGACGCCGCUGGGCAAUCCCCUGCAGCAAAUGCUGCGCGCUUUAGAGCCGCACGGGCUGCAGCAGCAGCACAGGCCGCUCUUAUUGCUGCUCAAAAACGAGCUGCUAGUAUCAGCCCAGCCCUCCCGAGGCUUCCUUCAAAUCCAAGCCCCUACCCUCAGGCGCCGCUACUGCCACAGAAGCAGCAGUGGCAGCAGCAGGACAGCAGUAGCGCAGCACUCCAGGGACCCUCGUUUGGCGAGUGGCCGCAGCAGCAAAGGGGCAGCAGCUCUCCGCAAGCAGUGGACCCGGCAGCAAGGCAGCAAGCAACGCCUGGCGCUGCAGUAUUCAGUGCCGUAGCUGAUGUUUCAGGCACUGCUUCAGACCCUGCUGCAGCAGCUGCUGCUGUUGCUCCAACUAGAGGGCUGAGAGAAGCAGCGCAGCCCCCUGCUACCACAGAGCCCUUGCACCGUCACCCUGACGAAGCCUCGCAGCUACUGCAGCAGCAGCUCAUUCAACAACAGCAGCAGCAGCAGCAGCAGAAGCAUCAGGGCACCAACACAGAGCCACCCACCCCACUAACCGUUUCUGCAUUUGCUCAUCCCGCUAAAAACAGCGGAGAAGGCAACCGCAGGCAGCAAAGUGAAACGCCCCGUAUCCCAGCCAGUGCUGCAGUAGGCAAUGCUGCAGCAGCAACCCAUGCAGCAGCAGCAAGUUACGCGGCAGCAGCUGCUGUGCCGAACGCGGACCCUGUCUUGCCCGUGCUUCGCCACUCACUCUCUGAUGUUUCUGCUGCUGCUGCCGCUACUGCUCCUGCUCAGACAGGUCAGGGUACUCAGCAAGGACAGCAAAAGCUGCAGCCGCAGCAGCAGCAGCAGCAAGAGCUACAGUUAGAACAACAGGAGCAGCCACAAUACAACGCGGCUCCAAAGUCUACUUUAUCGUCCAGCAGCGGCAGCGUCAUGCGGCCAAACGGGCAACACGACUGGUUAAACGCGCUAGUGCUGCAGCAUCAAAAGCGGCUGCAGCGGCAAGGGCAGCAGCUGCAGCAGCAGCAAGAGGAGCUCCAGAAGGUGCGGCAGGAAAUGGAGAGGGAGCAGCAACAGCGGGCAUUGCAGCUGGCGCUGCAUCACAAGCAGAAGGAAGCUGCAAGGAGGGCAGCUCAAGCCAUCGAGAAGGAGAUCCUUGAAAGGGAGGCCGAGAGGCAGAGGCAGAUAGCUGCUGUCGCUGCUGAAGCGCUCAAACAUUCUGAGUACGAAACGGCAGCAGUGGCCGAAGAAGCAAAUGCUGCUGCUGCUGUUGCUGCUGGUGCUUCUGGUGGCGUUGCUGCUGCCGGUGGAGGCCCGGGUGCCGCAUGGCCCUUUCUAACGGAACGGCAAAAAAACGGGGUUGCCGCUGCUGCUGGAGAAGCAGCUGCUGCUGAACCUAGAGCAGCAGCAGCAGCCAGCAGCAGCGGCAGCGCUAACAGCAGCAGCAGUGCUGCGCGCUUCAGUGUUGAGGCACAGUUCGGCAAGACCCCUAGACAAGACCCUAGCUACCAAGCGUACGGGCAGCAAUUGCAGAAGCAGCAACUGAAACAAACACAGCAACAGCAAACGGAUCAGCAACAACAGCAACAGCAGCAGAAGCAGCAACUAAGUCAAGUGAUGCCUGGCUCCCCACAGACCUUGAGACCCCCUGGUGACAGCGAAGCUACCAUACAAUUCAAAGCUACACUAAAUGGCCUAAGGGAGCCUCAAGAGGCGCUACUGCCUGCAAACGGGGCUCAGGACAUGCGUGAAGAAGCAGCAGCGAAAGCAGCGGCAUCAGCUGCUGCUGCAGCUGCCCCUAUUGAUGCAGGACCUGAAACUCUUGCUGCUGCACUGCCGGACGCGUGCAGCAACAGGAGCUCUUUUUCAUUUGAUGCGAAGCCCCACAGGAGGAAUCAGUCUCCCCUGGCUUCUUCGGCCACAAUAAAUCUGCACACCGCUUCCUCUACAGUGUCCGACUCAGCAGCUGCAACAGCGAACAGUAGCAGCAGCAGCAGCAGCAGCAGAAGCAGCUUGGGGCUGCCUUCGUCGCUGAGGGUUCCAAGUGUCCCA